UUUCAGUCUCUCAUUGAUUGCACUUUGCAGGAAUAAAUAGUUUCAGCAGUCCAGAUACAUUUAUCCUAAGGCUUCUAGAGGAAAUACCACAUCUAUAAAUUAAAUUAAGGGGUUACUCACAUCUGUUCCAAAGUAUGAAACUCGUUGGUCUGAUCAGCUAAAAACCGAUCGAAUCUACACGAAAGAGCAAGAAACUGAAACUCGUUUUUCCCCAUUUUUCAUUUCCCCUUUGACUAUUUAUUUUAUCAGCUGCCAUGGCACCCAAUAGCGAAAAGAAUAUCGUUAGUUCACACUCUCAGAGCAACGGUACUAUCAACAAGCAUAGGCUUUCGAUAGAAAGUCCUCAAAGAACAAUAUCUGAUAUUUCGUUUCAACUAAGCAAAGAAGCCAUUGAUGCAAGUACGCUUCCGCCCAUAUCCGAAGUUGAGGAUGCCAAGUGCGAGUGCUGUGGCAUGUCUGAGGAGUGCACUCCUGAGUACAUUAGUCAAGUUCGAGACAAGUUCUCGGGGAAAUUGGUAUGCGGGCUUUGUGCAGAAGCUAUCAAUGAAGAGAUGGAGAGGAAUGGAGGCAAAAGAGAAGAAGCCUUAAACGAGCAUAUGAGUGCUUGUGUGAGGUUCAACAGAUUUGGUCGGACACACCCUGUGUUGUACCAAGCUGAGGCAAUGAGAGAAAUCCUGAAAAAGAGUUCAAGAAUCAGGGCUAAUUCUAUGAGUCCAAGAGACAAGAGUGGUCCUAAGAAGGGUGGCAUUGCAAGGAGCUCCAGUUGUAUGCCGGCUAUCGCCAAGGAGAUUAGUGACCGCACAAUGGUGAACUGACGGACCAGAUUAAUGACAAAAGGGAAGUGCAUGGAACAAGCCUUUGAAAUUGUAUGCAGUAUACUCGCAUUUUUGUUUAUUCGUUUGUUUUUUUGCACUUGAAAUUAAGCCUAAUAAAUCUUGUGGUACGUAACAGAAUCAGGAAAUUGAGUUUUUCCGUCUUCUAAAUCCCACUUAGUUACCAAUAUUUAAACUCAAAACCUUCAAAAUUGAAAGUUCUAA